UAUGAAGAUCUGCAAUGAAUGUUGUUUACGCAGCAGGUGGAUAUGACGUCACGGACUUGGAACAUCAGAAAAUAAACAUCCAAAUCCGCGAUUUCUUUUUUUCUUUUUUGUCAAGGCGCAUUAAAAUGUUGGCUAAUAACAUUAAAAGAAGCUCGCUCUCGUAUUUGAGACAGAAGGUGAUGUGAAACUCCAGAUUAUGUCCCCUGUAACGGCGCUCUCCGUGAAUGCAACACAGAUUUCUCGUUCUCCUCCUUUAAAGUUAGUCCCCCAAGCGGAGUAAUAUAUUGUUAGUAUUUACAGUGUGAUUGUUGCAUGCUUUCUUGGUACACAAUCGCGUGUACAGUUCAUUAUCUCUAGCACAGAAUUGUCUGCUGCGUUUGGCUACCGUUGUCGAUUCCGUGUCAUCUGUGAACUCCCUAUGGUCCCACCCCCGACAACCUGAACUGAAUUCUUAUUGGAAGAAUGGAACGCCAGUCAUUCUUGUAGGUGUGAACAAGCUCUCUCACACUGUUCCAACCACUACUGCCACAGCGCUGACUGACAUUUCUUCUGCCUGCGAAGGGGAUUGUAGAAGUCUUGUUAGACCUCGGCGAAUCUACAUGAAGCUUUCGUUAGUGUAAUGAAACCAAGGCUCCCUGUUAAUGGGGCAAGGAGGCUGAAGUCACUACUCUGGAACUGAAGAUUGCUUUAAACAAGCAAGUCCUUGUAGAAGGUCUUUAAGUCAUGAUGCAAGAAUCUGGGACGGAGGUGACAAGCAACGGUCCACCCAGUCAGAACGGAGCGGCGAGCGCGGAGGGCGGAACCAGGGACGCGAGGCCCAAAAGCGCCACGACGCCGUCGUCCGUGGACAUCACGGCCGCCGACCUGAUCCAUCUCCAGCAGCACCAGACUCUCCAAGUGGCUCGACAGAUCCUUCUACAGCAGCAACAACAGCAGCAGCAACAACAACAACAACAACAACAACAACAUCAACAACAGAGUCAACAGCUGCAGCCUCCGCAAAGCACCGGUCUAAAAUCCCCUAAAGGCAAUGAGAAGCAGCCAGGCCUACAGGUUCCAGUCUCAGUGGCCAUGAUGACCCCCCAGGUGAUAACCCCUCAACAGAUGCAGCAGAUCCUCCAGCAGCAGGUCCUGAGCCCCCAGCAGCUCCAGGUCCUUCUGCAGCAGCAACAGGCCCUCAUGUUACAGCAGCAGCAACUCCAAGAGUUCUACAAGAAGCAGCAGGAACAGCUCCACCUCCAGCUCCUCCAGCAGCAGCAACAUGCCGGCAAGCAGAGUAAAGAGCAGCAGCAACAGGCCCAGCAGUUGGCUUUCCAGCAGCAGCUCAUGCAGGUCCAGCAGCUCCAGCAACAGCACCUCCUCAACCUCCAGAGACAAGGCCUGCUGACCAUCCAGCCAGGACAGAACGCCCUGCCCCUGCACUCCCUCACUCAGGGCAUGAUUCCGGCAGAGCUCCAGCAGCUGUGGAAGGAGGUGACGAACGUGAAGGAGGAGAACAGUGUUGGCAACAACGGCCACCGGGGCUUGGACCUGUCCUCCUCACAGCCCCCAAAGAACCCCCUCCUAAACCAGCACGCCUCCACCAACGGGCAGUACGUCAGCCACUCGCUGAAGAGGGAAGGGUCCACGCUGGACGACCACCAUCACCCCCAUCACAGCCACCCACUCUACGGCCACGGGGUCUGCAAGUGGCCCGGAUGCGAGGCCGUAUUUGAGGACUUCCAGUCAUUCUUGAAGCAUCUGAACAAUGAACACGCCCUGGACGACAGGAGCACCGCCCAGUGCCGGGUGCAAAUGCAGGUCGUACAACAGCUGGAGCUACAGCUCGCGAAAGACAAAGAGCGUCUGCAAGCUAUGAUGACGCAUCUCCACGUCAAAUCCACCGAGCCCAAAUCCACCCCACAGCCACUCAACCUGGUUUCCAACGUCACCCUGUCCAAGACGGCCCCCCCGGAGGCCUCGCCCCCCCUCAGCCUUCCCCAGACCCCAACCACCCCCACGGCCCCCCUGACGCCCCUGUCUCAGGUCCACUCCGUCAUCACCCCCAACAGCCUCCACCACAGUGUGGGCCCCAUGCGCCGCCGCUACUCCGACAAGUACAACAUGCCCAUUUCCCCAGAUAUUGUCCAGAACAAAGAGUUCUACAUGAACGCUGAAGUCAGACCUCCCUUCACAUACGCCUCGCUAAUACGCCAGGCUAUCCUCGAAUCACCGGAAAAGCAGCUAACACUAAAUGAAAUUUACAACUGGUUCACACGAAUGUUUGCAUAUUUCAGGCGAAACGCUGCGACGUGGAAGGGUGCCGUUCGCACCAACCUUUCCCUCCAUAAGUGCUUUGUGAGAGUAGAAGAUGAGUUUGGGUCAUUUUGGACCGUUGAUGACGAGGAGUUUAAACGCGGCCGUCACGUACAGCGAGGCCGCCCGCGGAAAUACGCCGCCGACGAGAACUUUGAUGAGCUGCUCGUACAAAGUCCAGCCUUAGUGAAAAACAUCCAGACCAGUUUGGGCUAUGGACCGGCUCUCUCUGCGGCAUUCCAGGCUUCAAUGGCAGAAAACAACAUACCUCUAUACACUACUGCUUCCAUUGGAAGUCCCACCCUCAACUCCCUGGCGAACGCCAUCCGAGAGGAGAUGAACGGAGCAAUGGACCAUGGAAACAGCAACGGCAGUGACAGCAGUCUAGGACGCUCUCCCUUGCCAGCUAUGCAUCAUAUUAAAGAGGAACCGCUGGACCCAGAGGAGCACGACGGCCCCCUCUCUCUGGUGACGACCGCCAACCACAGUCCAGAUUUCGAUCACCACAGAGAUUACGAUGACGACCAGGGCCAUGAUGACAUGCUGUGAAGGCCCGGCCCCUCGGGGACCCUCCCAGAGGAACAACUAACCCUAGUCACGUGCGAGACGUCACAGAUAAGACAGACACAAGACUGCAGUCUCAGCGCUCUGAUGACAGCUAGCAAAAUGUUUCCCAUUGACUUUUAGUGCCAAUAAAUACAUAGUGAAUAACACAAGAACGAGAAUACGUCCCACUUGGGAGUGUUUUUGAUUUAUAUCUACUUUUGGUUUAAGAGAACGAAAAUAGACAGAAAAGAAAACAAGUCAUUUCUACUCAACAUGCGUUGGAUGGACAUGUUUGGUACUGCGGACUUCUUGGUCGUCGUAGUGGCUUAAAAUCCAGGACGGGCAUGGACCUGCCCACUGCAGCCAGUAUGGACUGCACACAGCCUAAAGAACCACACUGAGCACAGACUGAAGAGAGGUUCGCUGUCUCUCUCACACACACACACACACGAACACACGCGCACAUGGCCGCAAACUCGAGAUAUUGACUGACGUUUAAUUUACACUGUGCAAGUGUGUGUCUGUGUGCGGGGAAUUACUGUUCAUUGUCACUGCCUUGGAGACGUCAUUGGUUUGCUUCCAUCUGGGGUGGGAGGGUUGUUUUUGGUGUGUUCUAAGGGUGAGGGGUUUCAAAUAUUAACGUGUCUUUGUUAUUGUACACUGCUGUCGUUGCAUAUGGUUUCUUUAACUGAUCAGACCUCAUUCCCACACUGUGGAGAUUCUGUAUGGUCAGCACAUGAUGAAUGUUUAUUAUUUCCUUUCGUGCCCCCCCCCCCCCAAAAAAAAAAAGAACAGGAAAAAAAAUGUUUUUACAUGAAGCGGAAUGUUAAAUACCAAGUAGUGUUUUUCUGUCAUUUAUUCCACAUUCUUCAGAAUGCCCAUUUGCUGACAUGUAGGCCACCCCCAUCAAAGCCCCUCCCCUCACCCCUAUCCCAACCCCUAAUCCACCAGCUCAUGAAGUCCACCUGCGAUGCACUACUCGCGAUGAAGGCUCUCUCUCCACGCGUCAAUGAAGUUUAAUUUAAGAUGGGAAUGAAUGACAGAGAAAUCAUGCCGUUUCUGAUUUGUCCUCAUGAAAUUAUGUUUUAAAACGGCCCUAUGCGGCAGUGCAUGCUAGCUGCAGCCAAAUUCCUGAUCAUUUGCAAGCACCCACUUUUAGAAAGAAAAUGAAAUGUCAGGUGUGCAGUACAAAGAUAAUUCUUUAGAGCGACUGAUUGUGAUUCUUCAAUACAACUGUCAUUGUUGAUGGAGCAUGUCUUUGUUUGGUCAUGCUUGACGAUAUCAGUGUGCAUUCCCUAGAGUAAAACAACAAAAACAGGCGCAUGACCAGUUGUCUCUCACACAUAUUAUUAUCAAUCACCGAAAUCAAAUCAAAAGACGAAUGUCCUUAAUUUAGGAAUAAUCCCAAAUUUGGCAAUAAAAGUUAAUCAUUAACUGAUCCCAGUAUUGGGCAGCCAUGUUAUGGCCCCAGGCAAAAACCAUGACCAGUCCAGAGCAGGGAUGAAGGCACGAAUGGACAGGUGCAGGGGCCGGGGGCUAUGAGGCACAGCACCCAGGGGCUUGAUUCUUAGUUGGAUAUGAGAUAUGGAACAGGAUAGGCUCGUACAAAGACUCACAAACAUGACUUUUUAAAGACUGCAACCACUUUGAUUUUUAUUUUAUUUAUUAUUAUUUCUGUUUUUUAGUUUUACUUUUGUUUUUAGUUGUUGACGUGUUUAAUGUCUUGUUCUGUGACUACCAAAGAUAAACUACAAAGUAAAAACAAAAACAAAAAAAAUACAAUGUUUUCUGUUCCAUGCAAUAGCAGACCAGGCCAAAUACCCUCCAAUCUCUCCUAUUGGAUGCGAAAGCAUCUAAAGUUCUUAGCUGUAUUAAGCCAAUGGCACGUUGGUUAGAGAGGGACGCUCCUCCAGUAGUUUGACUGUCAAUACCUUUAAAGCCAAAGGGGGUCUCAUCAUGAGUACAGUAGCUAUGGGACUUUGCAGUGACCAAAAUUGAAAGAGAGGUGUCAGACGAACAUUAUGACCAAAUUAGGGAAGCAUGGUCUCUGGGCCAAUGAGGAUCACUGUCUAUCAGCAGCAGGUUAUUGUGCAACAUAUUGGAUGAAUAAAAGGACAUGGUAAUAACCUUGAGGAUUUACAAGUAGACAGGAGAGCUUUGCAGAGAACAAUGUGAAAAGGAUUCUAUACUUCAACUGGACCACACAAUGAUAAAAUAUUUUGUUUGUUUUUUAUUCUUUAUGAAUUUGUAUCCUUUCCAACGAUUGUAUGCCACUUUUUAGUGAGUCCUGCCAUCUUGGCGGGCUUCUACUGUUUUUUGUUAACAAUGGCAAGGCUUUAUGAUUGUGUUUAGUUUCUGUCAACGUAUUACUUUUUAUAUUAAAAAACACUCCUUUCAACUAAUAAGCUGGGUACAAGGUACUUUAUGGCAGUUCUUUUAAAAUGUCACCAAGCAUUUACUAUUACUAAUGAAAAGGGCAAUCUGUGGUUUUCAGAACAUGUAUUUAAUAUCCAAUCACAGGCAGCUGAGGGAUGGGUCAGUGACGACUAGACUGGGAUCGUGAGAACAACUGGGUCUCAUCCAAAGCCAGUCUUUUGCUGGUUCGCUUGGUAUUCUAAAGAGGGAAUAGCUGAUAGAUUAGAACAUUCUCAGCAUGUGUAGCUUGACAUUACUAAAGAUAACAGCAUGAGAAAACCCGUUAGUAUGCAUACCUCAGGUCAAACCUAUAGGGAAUGAUUCAAUUAAGAAAAAACAUUUCACUCAGUUGCACUUAGUUGUAUGUCUUGCAUGUGUAGUCUAAAACUGUAGAGAACUUUUUUUUAAACAAACAAAAAAAAUUAUCAAAAUACUAAAUUAGAUCUUGUUUAUCUUGAGGGUCUCACAUCCUUUUUGCAAAACCAAUCCAAACCUCAGGCCUUUUGUCAUGCAGAAAUCACCAAUCUUUAUUUGAUCCCCUUUUCCACGGUCGUUUUUAUUUGUGGGCUUUACAACAGUAGGCAUUAUUUACAGCACAUGUCUAAUAGCUCUGUCUUUUUCUUGUACUUUUUUUCCCUGUUUCUUUCAAAGAUCAAAAUACAUUUGUGUUACCAUUUUGCUUUAUCGCAACUGCUUUGUAUUUACUAUAAAAUAGCUAUGAAGAACUGCUGUAUGUAUUGGAAUAGCAAACUGUGCUGCAAAUGUAUUUUACUUAGUAAUCCUUGCUUUAAAAAGUCAUACAUGCGGACAUCUGUGUGAGAUGGGUGAGGGCAGGGUGUGGGAUUAUCCCCGAUUUUGGAUUUUAAACUGUAAAAUAGAAAAAACAGACUUUUCUCUGUUAUCAUUGACCUAGACAUUUUGUACAGAUUUUUUUCUUCGUUGUGUUAAGCUGUUUUUGAUACUUCCUUUUGAUGGUCCGACCUCUGCCUUCUGUGGCUAUAUAGUUAAAAUGACUGCUCAGAGAAAGGGCAGACAGGUAUAUUUCCUCUACAAGACAGAGGUAUCUUGCAUGACUAAUUCCAUGGUCACAGAGAUGGGAAAUAAUGGUUAAGUGGUCAGUAAUAAUAUAUGAGUGUAUCAAUCCAAUGAUAUUUUAUAUGAAACAAAUAGGACAAAAAAAA